GCUCUGGAAGGGAAUCCAUGGAAAGAACCCCGCGAGGGGGACCCGGCGGAGACCCGGGGCGGGCUCCAGCAGUAAUAACACAUCCCUGCCAAAUGGAAAGCGUUUCCUAUGGAGACCCCCAGGAGCUCCCCCUGCCCACAGCCCCUGCCCAGACAUUGAGCCCAUUCUUGCGUCCCGUUUUCCCAAGACACGAUGGCAGCACGAUCCCGCUCGAAACAAAGGCCGGGCAGCUGCCACCCAGCGCGGAGUUUGAGGAUGAGCGGCUGAACUUGGACAAAGUGGGAUUUUCCACGUGGGAAUAACGCGGUUCGUGUCCCAGGGACACAAAGGAUCGCUGAGGGCUGUCAGGGAGGGAUCCCGUGGAAGCACCAAGCCGUGGGAAUGGUGGCGGUCCCGGAUGAAAAGAUCCAUGAGGGAGAUGUGGUAGGAAGGAGUCCAGCCACCUCCCUGGAAUGUGUUCCUUCGGGAAGGGACAAGCUCCCUACCUUAUUUUAUGGAUGUCACUGAAGUAGACUUUAAAGGCCUUUGGAAGCCCAUCCCAGACUUGGCAUGGGAAACCACAGCAACAACCAUACCUGCCUGACAGAUGAUUCCUUCAAGUACAACCUGUAUGGAGCCGUGUACAGCAUGGUCUUCAUCCUUGGCUUGAUCACAAACUGCGCCUCCCUCUUUGUUUUCCUCUUCCGGAUGAAGAUGCGGAGUGAGACGGCCAUUUUUAUGACCAACCUGGCAGUUUCAGACUUGCUUUUUGUGUUCACUUUGCCCUUUAAGAUUUUUUACAACUUCAACAAGCACUGGCCCUUUGGGGACACCCUGUGCAAGAUCUCAGGCACGGCGUUCCUCACCAACAUCUACGGGAGCAUGUUGUUCCUCACCUGCAUCAGCGUGGAUCGCUUCCUGGCCAUUGUGUAUCCCUUCCGCUCCCGCACCAUCCGCACCAGGAAGAAUUCGGCUAUCGUCUGCGCUGGCGUUUGGAUCCUGGUCCUCAGUGGUGGAAUUUCGGCCUCGCUGUUCUCCACGACCAACGUGUCCAACACCAGCACAACCUGUUUCGAAGGGUUCUCCAAAAGGAUCUGGAAAACCUACCUGUCCAAGAUUACCAUAUUUAUUGAGGUGGUGGGAUUCAUCGUCCCUCUGCUGCUCAACCUCACAUGCUCCUCGCUGGUUCUCCGGACUUUACGGAAGCCGGCUACCCUGUCCCAGAUUGGGACGAACAAGGAGAAAGUGCUGAAGAUGAUCAUUGUGCACGUGGCCAUUUUCAUUGUGUGCUUUGUCCCCUACAACUCCAUCCUGUUCCUGUAUGCACUCGUGCGCUCCCAGGCCAUUGCCAACUGCUCCCUGGAGAGGUUUGCCAGGACCAUGUAUCCCAUCACAUUGUGCAUUGCGACCCUCAACUGCUGCUUUGACCCCUUCAUCUACUACUUCACCUCUGAGUCUUUCCAGAAGUCCUUCAACAUCAAAACCCAGAUCAAAAUGGAUUCUCUUUUCAAGACAGAGAUGCCGCUCACAAAGAUGACGCUGCCAGCGCUGCAGGAUGAGAUCAGUGACCAGGCCAUCACCAACGGAAGAGAUCCCACAUCUGAAUCCCAUUUCUAGGGAGAUGUUUACACAGGGAGUUAUCCCCCAUUAAUGCUUGAUUAACACCACGUGGCAAAGAGCAGUUCCAGAAAAUGGGGGUUCACACGUGGGGUUAAUGAAGAAAAGCUGCUGGAGGAUGACAGAUCCUCGCACUGGGAUGGUCCCAUCACAUUCCACAAGUGAACACAAAGUAUGAAAAUCCUAAUGGAUCUCCCUUUGGAGGUUAUGGAUAGGCUACAACACGUGCAUCAACUCAGGAGGGAACAGAACAGUGUCUUUAACCAGAAGAUGCCAACAUUUGGCAUUUCCCCCUCUCAGCAGUUGACAUGGGACCAGUUGGGAAACAGAAAAUUUCAUUUUCUUAGAGAUUCCUGCCAAUAUUUCCACCUUCUGGAGGUGCAUCCUCAUAUGUUAACUCGGUAACUUCCCACAAUAUGUAUGUUUGCUUACAAAGGCAUAAUAAAAACUUGUCUUUUCCUUACUCCA